GAUGUUUUCUGCGAUAUGGAAACAGAUGGUGGAGGGUGGACGGUGAUCCAAAGGCGAGUGAACGGGUCCGUCAAUUUUAAUCGAGAUUGGGCCGACUAUAAGAUCGGGUUUGGAAUCAUACAGGAAUCUUACUGGAUCGGAAAUGAUGUCAUCCACCAACUUACCAAGGGAAAUCAUUCCUCUUUAUAUCUGUCCAUCACGCUUCACAAUGGUACAACAAUGAAUGAAGUGUACGAAAUCUUCUCUUUGUCUGACGAGACAAAUAAAUACCGUCUGUUUCUAGGAGGGACAGCAACAGGUACUCUAGGAGACAACAUGUUAAAUACAGGGUCCAGCGGUAAGGACCUGUCUGGCAUGGCGUUCAGUACACGUGAUCGGGAUGACGACUUGAUCACGGGAAACUGCGCGGAAUACAACAAAGGAGGGUGGUGGUUCAACAGCUGCCAUAACGCCUUUCUUAACGGACCCUGGGCCUCAGACACCUGGAACAGACCGUGGUACCCAACGAUCAGUAAUGGCGCGAACAUCGUGGAAACGAAAAUGAUGAUAAAACAACGUUAACUAUUCUCCAAAAACCUCGAAUAUGCCGCUGUAGGGGGCCAAACAUCACUGAAACGAGAAUUUUGAUAACAGAGCGCUAAAAAAUUACCUACAUGUAUUUUAA